AUGGUGCGCUUCAAAACACGCUGGCUGCUUCUUGCCAUCGAUGACAAGCCCCUUUCCGCAGCGUCGCCAUUUCCCCCUACCAGCGACAACGAUUCGACAUACGCAUCUACCUCAGUGUCAGCUCUUUCCGCUGCGCAAAAACAAGCUACGCUGGCGCAUGGUGCGGCAAAUGUUCUUACUCCGCAACUCAUCACCCGACUACUACGAGCGUCGCUUGUGUGCAACUUUGGCGAUGUGGCAGCUGGCGCAUUCGGCGGUGUGCUGACGUGCAAGUACUAUAGCACACAUACGGGCACGGCCAUCGUGCGAUGUUCGCGUGAUGCUGCCAGACUCGUGUGGGCUAGUGCAACAAUGAUUGCGCGCCCGGUAGAGAUGAAAAGUGAUGAGAGCGAGUCUUUUCCAAGUGGUGAGAAGCCAUCGCUAAGGAUUCGGGUGGUGCACUGCGGCGGUACGAUCAAAAAGGUGCAAAACAAGGCAAUCGAAUUGGAUAGGAAGCUCAUCAUGCGUCUCAGGGCAAAGCAAAAGAGACUUGCCGGCACCACAAGACAAGGGCAAUCGCCAGAAAAGGUGGUCGCUGACGCAUUGACUGCGAAUCAAUGUCUGAUUGCACUAUCGGCUCUGCCUACCGGCGAAGAUGACGAGGAUCUGGGCGAAGCACUCGAUCCCAACGUUUCCCGAUCUGAGGCUGCUGCCGCGUCAGACUCGAUCGUACCGCAAGUGGAACAUACCAUCAAGCACAAACCAAAAGCAAAAGAAGACAGCAUGGAUUUCGAGACGCAAGCUCUGCUGCAAGAGUCACGGAAACUAAUCAGCUCCAUCACCAUGUAA